CAGUCGCGGCCGCUGUAAUUAACCAUGAACGGGACGGGUCCUUCAGCGUUUGCUUAUUAACGUCUAAUCUUUGUUGGCGCCCGUCGAUCUUAAUUAAUUCAAUUAAAGUAUUAAGGAGUAGGUGAAGGUUGCGGUCCUCUCACUGAAAUUUAAAAACUUUACGUCGCCGUCGUAACGACUCACCGAGUAUAGAAGGGGGAGGCGAAUUAAUCAAAUAAUACCGCGGAGGUGCGGGGCCGGGCGCCUGCCCCCGCCCCGGGCCUCGCGCGACCGCGUGGCUCAGUCGCGACCGGAACGCCGCACGGGGAAGUGUCGUCGAUCCCCACAAACAUAACUACUUUUUUCGAAGUUCUCUGUUCAGUUUUGUUUUAAAGUUUUACAAGGAAGUUUUUAUGUGACCAGUCUUUUAUCCUGUCGAACUUAAAGGUUAAGAGACUGCGCUCAGCGGUGUAGUUUCUUGAGUUCGUACGUUUAUUGUGUUUUUUUGUUAUUGUUAAGUUUUUUGUUUGGUGCAUCGUGCCGGUGCGGAGACCGGCGGGUCCCUUCGAGGCACCAAGCCUGGACGCGCGGCCUACAGACCAAGGAGGACAAAGCCUUUAGGGCGUGUAGUUGUGGUGGUCGGUGCGAGCGGUUCCCGCUCCAACCGUCAAGCUGGCAGCGAGCGCGUUGAGCAUGAACCCGCACUACCACGGGUACGCGGAGCUCAGCUCGCCACACCCGCCCUCGCCGGAGGCGGCCUUCGCGGCCAACGGGCACGACUACCCGCACAACAACAACAACCCCGCGCUCAAGGAAUGCGCGGGCUGCAACGGCAAGAUCGUGGAGAGGUUCCUGCUGCACGCGCUGGACCGGUACUGGCACCACGGCUGCCUCAAGUGCGCCUGCUGCGGCCAGGCGCUCGCCGACAUGGGCCGCUCCUUCUACUUCAAAGGCGGGAUGAUAUUAUGCAAAAGCGAUUACACAAGAAUGUUCGGUUCAGGCGGCGCGUGCGCAGCGUGCGGGCAGGCGAUCCCGGCGAGCGAGUUCGUGAUGAGGACGAACGCGCCGCAGCAGCCCCUCCACGUGUUCCACAUAAAGUGCUUUGCGUGCUCCAAGUGUGGCUCACACCUCAUGCAGGGCGAUAGGUAUUACAUGCUCGCGGGCUCACUAGUCUGCGAGCAGGACUGGCAGAAGCUCAUGAAGAGCGCGAACGCGACGGGAGCGCCGGGCGCGCCCAUGCGCAAGAACAAAGUGGGCCGCCCGCGUCGCUCGCGAGAAUGAGCACCAGCCGCGCCUGCGCAGCACUCGCACAGGGACUAUGAGGAGAUGAUGGCGUGUUCGUACCUGAGCGCGGCGGGUCGCGCCCCGGAGCCGCCGGGCGCGGCUUGCUGGACGCCACCGGCGAUGUGUCCGCAGGGCCUGGAGGGGCCCUCGACCAUGCCGCCGCCGCCGUACGCGCGCCCCUACAACCUGCUCAGCCUGCCGCCGGCGCCGGGCCCCUCACAAGAGCCGGCCCUGGACCUGACGAAGCCCUCAUCAUCCCUCAAGCCACAUCUCCCGCCGAACGACGAGGAGACAGAGUGACAGUGUUGUGCCACAGACAAUCUAUUGGACUUGCGAUUUGAACAAAAUGACUACUGACUACACACAAGUCCGUCAGUAUGAAUUUGUUUUACGUCGAUGAACUGUUAAGUUAUACGUUAGUACCUAUUACAUAUUUAAUUUCGGUUGUGAAAAUGGCAAUUUAUAUAACUUUAACUUGCUAUAUAUGUAAAUUUCCAUUAAAUUACUGAUACUUAAGAGUUGAACAGAACGAGAUGUGUUAAACACAAGCGAGUUGUUUCUAUUUUAAAUUAAAGUGAUAAUGAACUGUGGAAGAGAAAAGAUCAAGCAUAUCUUAAUGUUAAAACUUAUUGUUUUCAAAGCACGUUUAUUAAUUUUUACUUUUUAUUUAUAUGAAUUUGGUCCAUCGAACAAAAUGAAUUUAAGCUGCGCAAUUUUGUGAAUACUGUUUUAGUAAUUUGCGCAGUGUGAUUCAAUCGAACCAACAAAGAAACAUUUUACAGCAUUUUAUUUUUAAUAUUAGAUCGAACAAUACGUGUACCUAUUGUACAAGGAUUAUGUAAUAAAUAAUCAAUACUAGUUAUGCAAGAAUAUCAUCGUAAAUAUUGAUUGGAUGAGGUAACUUCCAGCAAUAUUAUCUCCAAACGCAGAUCUUCCAAUGAAUUUGUUACUCAGUUUUAGCUUAUUGUCUAACGGAGGUUUCGUUAGCCAACCAUCUUGCAUCAUUAUUAACAGCCAUAACAAAUAUCUGCUUAUCGAAACAUUGUCGAAUCUUGCCAGAGAUUGUACUUUUUACUUUAAUUUUAAGUACCGCUAGAGAUGUCUGCAAAUUUGCUCCACGUUUUAUAUCAAAUGCAAUUAAAUUUUCCUAACUUGAUAUUGUUAUUAAACAUUUGAUUUAGUUAUCGAUAAACAACACUGGUCUUGUAGAACUGUAUGAUUUAUUGCCUCUACAAUCGAUUAUCACAAUCGUUCGUUAAAAUCAAGCAAAUUUGUAGUCAGCUCGGUCAUAUUGCAACAACUGUGUUUCUUAGGCACGCACCCUGUGAUUUGCAACCUUGCUGUGUACAUAGUUCUCUCGUCUUUUGUUAUUUCAUUGUAAACGAGCUGUAAAUCAAAUGACUCGUUAUUAUACGUUUUUUAUUGUAAAUAUUAGUAUAAACAUUAUAGUUAUAAGUAGACACAUCUUGUACCUAAAAAGUUUGGGCGCAAAACUUCGUAGCAAUAAUUUUGAUGCCAACAUCUUUGAAGUUUUAAAUUCAAGUUACUAACGGUCUCUGUAUAUAUUGAUCUACGUUUUACCAGUUGUUCGAUUUUAAAUGUAUACAGUAAAUGUAUAUACGUAACCUUAAACGCUAACAUUCCUUUAUAUGUGAAUCUGUAAGUAAAUCGUUGCAUCUAUCAAUUCCAUAUAAAUAUCUGAUCAAUAGUGUACGCUCGGUGUUACGUCGAAGUAGUGUAUUCUUUAUAUCAAUGGCAUUAGUCAAUUUGUGGUUUAUAAAUUAUUUUAAUUCGAAUUCAUUAGAUCUUUAAUGAAACUGUAUGUGCUUAGAUGUAUUACUGACAUUGAAGAUAUGAUGACCGGCAUACAAUAUAAUGUUAGCGUUUAGUGAAUCUUGCCAUCACGAUAUGUUUAAUUUACGGAAAACACCACAGACUUGGGGUGAGUGACUGCUGCUAGAGAAAUAACAACAUCAAGGGUUGACCGAAGUGCUAAAUUGUUAAAAUGGCUGUUUUAAGGCCUUUGUAUUAUAGAGUAUUAAAAGGUCACCCUAUAACGUAUAGUCACACCCAAAGCCUGUGGCGGUUUGUUAGAGCGACAGUUAUGGUGUUACCAGUACACAAAGAAAGAACAUAAAUACCUAGCCUAAGAGAGCCGGUGACAGGAGGAGAAAAUAAAAUUUUGUAAAUUA